AAAGGAAGUUUAUGCAGUGACAGAACUAGCAGUGGGAUAUGCCUGGAGCUGAUCUAGCUUGAGCCAUGGAAUCUCCUGAUUUACUGUACUUUGAAGAAGGGAAUUCCAAGGGAGGCUGUCAACGGCGGAGCUACGUGGGGGCGAACCUGGGCCAUCGCCCCCCAGCAAAAAUGAAUUUUUUUUACUACCCCUAUAUGUAUUACACACAGCCCACGACCAGAAGGCCCAUUUAUCAACUGUUGUCUUCAUUGCGUGGAGACAAACGAAUCCAGCCAGCCACCAAAUCGAUUUCCCCUUUGACCUACAGCCUGCGACCGCGGACGCAUGACGACCUGAGCGUGCGGGUGGGGCACCCGCGUCCGGCAGGCGGCCGCUGUGGCUUGCCGGCGUGGCCGCGUGGGGGUGACCGCUGGCCGCUGGCGGGUGGCCGGCUAGACGCUCCAAUCCGGCCUCUGCUGUGGAGAACAUCAGGCAACAUCGGCGCCAUGUAGUGCCUCGGUGAGCCGUGAGAUUGUGAGAGGGAGGCGUGAUGCUUAAGGGGAAAAAGAUUGAUGCAUUUUUCAAAAGAAAGAGAGGUGAUUCAGUUGAUGAACCAACAGCAACCGAAGCAAUGCCUAUUCAGCCAACGGACUGUGUUCAACCUCCUCUGUUGUUGCUCGAAUUUGAGCAACACGGACCACAUCCUUCAAUGCCUCAACACCAAGGACAAAGCCAUCAAACUCAAACAAAUGAAGUACUAUUUCAAGGGAUUGAAUUCUUGCAGCGAGAUCCAGCACUACGUCCACAGAUUUGGCAAUAUCCACCUAAUCAAAGAGAUGAUGUGCGGCGAGCAUAUUUGAAGCUUGGUAUUAUGCAGCCCCGUUUGCAGAAUUACAAAGCCUAUGGUCCAGAAGGUCGCAAACGAUGCUUUAAGUAUGACUGGUUCAAGGAUUUCCCAUCAUGGUUGGAGUACUCGGAGGACAGUCAUCGUGCAUAUUGCUUCUAUUGUUUCUUGUUCGGCAAAAACAAAAACAAGAGAGAUGGUUCAGAUGUCUUUACAGUGCGAGGAUUUGUAAACUGGAAGAAGGUCCAUGAUGGAAAGAAAUGUGCUUUCUUAAACCACAUAGGUUCUGAACCUUGCUCUGAACAUAAUAAUGCAACCAAAGCAUGCCAUGACUUCUUGAAUCAGCAAGGCCAUUUAGAAAAUGUUGUAGCAGUGGGCAACUAGUGGGAUAUAGAAAGAAACCAACUGAGGGUGAAAGUAUCAAUUGCAGCAGUUAAGUGGCUUACAACACAAUCGUGUGCAUUUAGAGGCCAUGAUGAAACUCCAGACUCAAAGAACAGAGGGAACUUUAUUGAAUUGUUAAAGCUCCUUGCAGAAUUCAAUCCAGAGAUUGCCGAAGUUAUUUUGGAGAAUGCUCCAUACAGUUCAAAGUACACAUCACAUGAAAUCCAACAGGAGAUUUUGGGUAUUUAUGCAUUGAAAGUUAGGAAACAUAUCCGUGAAGAGAUUGGGGAUUCUAAGUUUUCUAUUCUAGUGGACGAGACAUGUGAUGUAGCAAAAAGAGAGCAGAUGGCAUUGGUCCUCAGAUUUGUUGAUGAAGAUCGUAUAUUGCAAGAGCGGUUCUUUGCCUUGAUACAUGUGACGAACACCAAAGCCGCAACACUUAAAGAGGUAUUGAGUUCUGUGGUAUCCAAACAUGCUUUUGAUGUUCAGAACCUUCGUGGGCAGGGAUACGAUGGGGCUAGUAAUAUGAGGGGGGAGCUCAAUGGCUUGCAAGCUCUUUUUCUUAGAGAAUGCCCGUAUGCAUAUUAUGUCCACUGCUAUGCUCAUCGCUUGCAACUUGCGCUAGUGUCUGCUUCGAAGGAAGUGGUCACUGGUGCUCAAUUCUUUCAGAAACUUCUUUUUAUUGUAAACACCGUUGACUCCUCUGCAAAGCGCCAUGAUGAGCUUCGUGAUGCCCAGUUGGAGGAACUAGCUCGGUUACUAGCUAUUGAUGACAUUGAAACUGGUAAAGGGGCAAACCAGAUCUGCACACUAAAACGACUUGGAGACACUAGAUGGGGGUCUCACUUAGGUUCUAUAUCCAGCCUAAAGAAUAUGUUUAAUGCAGUACAUUCAGUACUUCAAAAUAUAGCAUCUGAUGGGUCAGCUGGCUCAAUUCGUGCAGAUGGAGACACUGCUUUCAACUACUUAUCUUCUUUUGAGUUCAUAUUUGUCUUAUGUCUGAUGGAAGAAGCAUUGGAGAUAACUGAAGAUCUUGGUCAAGCUUUGCAAAAUAAAUCACAGGACAUAGUAAAUGCCAUGCGUCUAGUGUUCACAACAAAGGUUCGUCUUGAUGAAAUGAGAUCAGAUGAUGGUUGGGAGGCCUUCUUUGAUAGGGUUGUCGAGUUCUGUGUAAAUCAUUCCAUUGAUAUUCCAGAUUUGGGAGAAACUUACAUUCUGCGUGGUGGUCGAGCUCGUCGCCAACCAGAUCAUUUUACUAAGGAGCACUAUUUCCGGGUGGAAGUAUUUCGUGCAACACUUGAUACUCAACUACAUGAAUUAGAAUUCAGGUUCAAUGACAAGGUACUGGAUCUAUUGACCACUAGUGCUACCCUGAUCCCUAAAAAUAAAUUCAGAUCUUUCAAAGCUGAUGAUAUUUGUGAGUUAGUCAAGAAAUAUUAUCCAGCAGAUUUCACCCAACAAGAAAUCUAUGGAUUGGAGCAGCAACUAAAACACUUUGUUGUGGAUGCCUCCAAUGAUAAAGAUUUGAAAAAUGUGUCAACCUUAACAAAUCUUUGUCGAUAUCUCUUUGAGACGGGAAGACAUUCUAUCUACAAUUUGGUUGAUCGAUUGUUGCGAUUGCUUCUAACUCUUCCAGUUUCUACAGCAAGUGCCGAGCGAGCAUUCUCAACUUUGAAGAUCAUUAAGACAAGGCUACGUAAUACCAUGGAAGAUGAUUAUCUAGCCAAUAGCUUGCUAGUAAAAAUAGAGAGUGAAAUCACGAAGAAGUACAGUUAUGAAGAUGUUCUUGUGCACUUUAAGGGUGCAAAGAAACGGAAAGCUAAUCUGUAGUGCAGUGUUGCUGUAGUGAACCGAAUGCUCCAUGGUUAAAUGGUAUUUUGGUAUAGUUCCUUUUGUUAUGGAGUAGGUUAUAUAUAUAUAUUUGUAAGCUACUAUGGAGAAGAUCAAUAUAAUUGUAUAAGUUUCUAGAUAUUUGCAAUAUCUAACUUAUUAUA